CCGAAAUGCCCCAAAUCCCGCCCCGAAACCCCCGAAAUUUCCCGGAAUUCCCCCCAAAUUUCCCGGAACUGCCCGGAAACGCGGGAAUUCCGCCCAAAAUGGCCCAAAGCGGGCGGGAUUUGGGGGCGUGGCUGGGGGCGGAGCGGGAGCGGCUGCGGCGGGAGCGGCUGCGGCAGCGGCGGCUGCGCGAGGAGGCGGAGAAACUGCGCUGGAAAUACCCCCAGGUGCUGCAGCGCUGCGUGUCCCUGCUGUCCCAGCUGCGCCUGCAGGGGGCGCUCCAGGCCGGCCUGGACGGGGGGCGGGGCCGGUACCUGCUGGCCAAGGGCGGGGCCGUGCUGCUCAAGAGCAGGCUGGAGGAGCUGCAGAUCCUGUUGGACACUUACCCCGCCCCCACCAUCGAGGCCCACCGGCGAAUCAGGGCGGGGCUCGCCGAGGCCCGCCGCGAUGCCGAGGCCGAAGCCGCCAUCUUGAGGGCGGAGCUUGCGGCGCUGAGGGGGCUGGGCCCGGAGUUCCGGGCCCUGGCGCUGGAAUUGGGGCGGAUCCGGCAGGAAUUGGCCCAGAAGGGCUGGGCCCUGCGCCAGCUCCGCCCCCCGCAACCGUGACGUCACUGCAGCUCAUUAAAAUACUGCUGGCA